GCGCAUUGUUUCUUCGAGCAACUCAAGUCUAUAAACAAAAUGGUAUUGAUCUUCCUUAAAGCCUUCUUAGUCCUGGCCUUUGGCAGCAGCUUGGGCUCGACCGACACCUUCAAGUAUGGCGACAGGGACGGCAACCUAUUCCUCGAUGUUUCGAUAUCCGAAGCUCAAAGCGAUCGCCCCGAAUGGGGACUCGUCGAGCCUUGGACGAGUGACUAUAUUGUAGCUCUUCAAGAGAACAGAUACGGCGACGCGAUAUGGGCACGCUAUCAAAUGUUCGGCGGUACUUCGAAUGGCACCUAUCUAGAAUAUCCGCAAUGGACAGUCCGCGAAGCGAUCGAGGAGGACGCUAUUGGAUACCGACUUCAUGCACGAGAUAACUGGAAAUACGCCAUGACUAUCUAUGCCAAGUCAAGUAGGAAUAUACAGAGUGAUAUACUUGACCUUAUGUUUGAUGUCGACCGCAGGAGCUACUAUCGACUAUUUAGAGACCAGGCUCGGUUGCAUAAACGUUUUCAACAAAGUGAACACGUCCUUCCAGAUUGCGACUGCAAGGAGACUGCUCGGAACGCAGUUGACUCUGUUGUGGAGCUUAAGUAGUCGGUUUGAUCCACCUUUGCUUCGAGAUGUGAAGCAUCAUGAGGGAACUUGUAAAUUCACGUUUCGGCUUUUCUGUUAAGAUAUCGCUCUCUACCAUGCUUCAACGAUUACGGGACUCUAUGUAUGCAUCUCCAAACCAGUCUGGCAGCUUGGUCGAGCAGUUACUUAGAUACAAAUUGACGGCACUCACACGAGUUCUCUGUUUGUGCUCUCAGCUCGUUCAUUU